UGCUGGAAUUGAUACUUCAGCAUCAACUAUCGAUUGGACCAUGGUAGAAUUGUUGAGGCACCCUCGAGUGAUGACCAAGGUACAAGCUGAAGUAAGACAAGCCUUGGAUGAAAGUAAUACUAAUAAAAUUGAACAAAACGACGUCGUUUAUGAUUUGAAAUAUCUAAAACUGGUGAUCAAAGAGACUCUGAGGCUGCAUCCUCCGGUUCCGAUGCUUCCUAGAUCUUGCAACAAGGAACACGUGAUCAACGGAUGCACCAUACCGGCUGGCUCAAUGGUGUUGGUAAAUAUUUGGGCCAUGCAGAGGGACCCGAGCUACUGGGAAAAUCCAGAGAGGUUUGAGCCCGAGAGAUUCGAGACUGAAGAUCUGAAUUUCGUAGGUGGUGAUUUCAAAUACUCGCCGUUUGGGAUUGGAAGAAGAAUAUGCCCCGGGCCGACGUUCGGUUUAGCUGCCGUGGAGUCGGCUCUAGCUCAAUUGCUCUACAACUUUGACUGGGAACUUCCGCGAGGUGUCAAUCCUGAGAAUUUGGACAUGACUGAAAAUGUUGGAAAUACAGCUUCAAGACAACAACAUUUAUUUGUUAUCGCCAUUCCAUAUACGCCUACAAUUGAGUCGUAGACUCCUUCAAUGGUUUUUCUUUUUCGGUUCUUUUCCGUUAUGCUUUUACUUGAACCCAUCAAUAAUAAGAAUUAGGUUUGAAUUAUUCGACC